UUCCCGGAGCAGGGAUCCAACUGGAACACAGGCCACCAGCACAUCCCGAGAGACUCUGCAGUGGCUGGAGACGGAUACAGAGCAUCUGGCCAGCAGGGUGUUUCGAGGAGCAGGCAUGUCUGUCCUGUACCCAUCUCUGGAGGACCUGAAGGUGGGCCAAGUCAUCCAGGCCCAAGCCAGAGCCACACCCAGGAUGCCCACUCCGUCGACCUCCAUAGCUUCUGCACCCCCGCUUUCAGAGUUGUACCCAAAUUUGGCAGAACUGGAGAGUUACAUGGGGCUGUCCCUCUCUAGCCAAGAAGUCCAGAAGAGCCUGCCUCAGAUUCCAGAUGAUGACAAUAUGAUGGUUACUAGCCCUGGGCCUGGCCAGGUGGUAGCACCAGUCUCUGGGAACAACCUGGGUGUGUUGCGUGCAGAGAUCAAGCCUGGAGUGCGUGAAAUCCAUCUGUGCAAGGACGAGCGUGGCAAGACUGGACUGCGCCUGCAGACUGUUGACAAGGGGCUCUUUGUGCAGCUGGUUCAGGCCAACACCCCCGCAUCCCUCGUGGGGUUGCGCUUUGGGGACCAGAUCCUGCAGAUUGAUGGGUGUGACUGUGCGGGGUGGAGCACACACAAAGCUCACAAAGCCUUGAAGAAGGCAUCGGCCGAGAAGAUCGUCAUGAUUGUGCGGGACAGGCCAUUCCAGAGGACUGUCACGAUGCACAAGGACAGCUCAGGCCAAGUUGGCUUUUUCAUCAAGAAGGGGAAGAUUGUAUCUGUGGUAAAGGGAAGCUCCGCAGCCCGUAAUGGACUUCUCACCAACCACUAUGUGUGUGAGGUGAAUGGACAGAACGUCAUUGGGUUGAAGGACAAAAAGAUUACAGAGAUCCUGGCCACAGCUGGAAACGUCAUCACAUUGACCCUUAUUCCCACUGUGAUCUAUGAGCAUAUGGUCAAAAAGUUGUCCCCGUUGCUGCUGCAGCAUACCAUGGACCACUCCAUUCCAGACAUUUGAAGUCACAGGGCAGCCCAGGCCUCCCUCCAUUCUGCAGCAAAGACGGCAAUCCUCAGACAACAGUUGCAGAUGGCUUGCUGCUUGGGUCUGGGCAUUGCAAGGGCAUGUCCCAGGGGGAUACAUAGUGGAUGAGUCUGUCACUGCUGUUUCCUGACUCCUUGGAUCCUGACUCCUAGCUAUGCUGAGGCACAAGUGUGACACAGGCACUUGGUUCUCUGUGCCCCAGAUGCUGGGCACUUAGGCAGAACAGCAGAAUGUCACCGAGUGCUGCUGGGUCCCUUUGCAGACUUUUGCCUCUUCUAGAGGUCAGCCACUUGACAGAGGAAUUCCUUGUGUGUUGCCUUCAUUGAUAAAGAUCACAGAUGUGUAUAGAUCACUUGUGUAACCCUUGACUGUCUGUAGGUUAGUUGUGACCCUUGACUGUCUGUAGGUUAGUUGUGACCCUUGACUGUCUGUCUGUAAGUUAGUUGUAACCCUUGACUGUCUGUAGGUUAGUUGUGACCCUUGAUCGUCUGUCUGUAGGUUAGUUGUGAUCCUUGACUGUCUGUCUGUAGGUUAGUUGUGAUCCUUGACUGUCUGUCUGUAGGUUAGUUGUGAUCCUUGACUGUCUGUCUGUAGGUUAGUUGUGACCCUUGACUAUCUGUCUGUAGGUUAGUUGUGACCCUUGACUGUCUAUCUGUAGGUUAGUUGUGAUCCUUGACUGUCUGUCUGUAGGUAAGUUGUGACCCUUGACUGUCUUUAGGUUAGUUAUGACCCUUGACUGUCUUUUGAAUAAGGACUGGAUUUUAAACACAGCAACUUCCAUUAAAGUUCCUGGAAAUUCCAGAAUCCCAGGUCCCACGACAUGGGACAUGACGAGGCUGCUUUUCCUUUUGGACAGUGACCAGGCCAUGGCCUUAUCUGUGUCCCUGAGAGCAGCAGUCUGUGUGUCGUGGCAUGCUUGCAAGGGUCAGGCGACUGUGGGAUGGCAGGGACAGGUUGACUUUGGGACCCUGCUUGAAUGGUCAGGGCUGGUUUUGUAGCUACAGAAUGGGCCAAAGAAGCCAUUUCAGGACUGCUGGGCAGAAUUGGAGUAUUGUCCCAGUGCUGGGCAGGAUGUGACCCGGGAUCAGGGUGGGAAUUCUAGAUCCUGUACCUAACCCCAGAUGGACAGAGAGGCCUGGGUCCUACACAUCAGGGCCUGGGGGGCCGAGCCAGCCAACAGCUGGUUCCAUGUGUGUUGGGUGCCAUGGUGAGCUUCUCACCCACCCCAGCCCACUUAGAGAAAUGACACAGUACAAAGACACCAGGCUGAGGGGCUGUGUGUGUCUUCAUGCUUUAAUUCAGAGCUGACACCAGGCUGAGGGGCUGUGUGUAUCUUCAUGCUUUAAUUCAGAGCUGUCUGCUACAGGUACAUCUCUGUCUGAACAAAAGACAAAGGAGACCCUAGCCCACGGCCCCCCUCCUGUGUCCCCUGAAGUUUCUAUCAAGGGAAUAGCCUAAUGUGAGAGUGCACGGUGGCCUGCUUGUGUUGUCAUCUAGUUCAGAGGGGACUGUGAGUUCCCUGGUGGAGGACCCUCAAUAGCCUUUGGCUAGAGCCUGGGAUCUGCUGUCUGCUGUCUGUGCAGGUGGGGAGGGGUCUCAGUGAACAGCUAUGGAUGCUACCUGCUUGAAGACAUUGGUCGUGAACUCUGCUCAAGGCUGCCUCUGUUCAGAAGUCCUCACUGAGCGCUGACAGAGGGCUCCAGAACGAAGGAGCCACUAUUUCAAGGCCCUCCGCUCCGAAGGCUCAGUAGUUACAGAAGUAGUUCCUGGGGACACUUCCUCGAGACCUUGUCAGCUCUGACUGGAGGCAGGGGAAAGGAGCACCCUAAACAUUUCUGCUCCAGGAGCCAAGGGCGAGAGGGCAAAUCGCAGCCUAUGGAGGUGGCCAACUGGAAGGAAAGAGGGGAGCUUUGGGAAUGAGCAUCUACGAGGGAGCCUGGCCCAGUCCCAACUUGCUCUCAGCCCCCUUCUCCACGUCUGGAACCAGCAGGCUGCUGAAGUGUCUACUUCCAAGCCUACCUCCUGGUAUCACAGCCCCUUUUUACAGAUACGCGACUCUGGGCUUAUAUACACUUAGGAGCAGGGCCUGUACCCCAGCCUGCAGCUAUCCAGUCUCAUCCAAGGAUGGGGUAAUAAUCUGCUCACUCCACUGGCAAGGAGCAGAGCCCUUCUGAUAGGCAGAACUCCCCGAAGAGGACCCCUGCGAGGCGGGGCUAGGGUCGGAGCAGGAGUAGGAGCAGGAGGACCGUCAGUUUCACUUACUGCCUCUACAGACCCAGGCACUUUGCAAUGGCUUCUCCAGCAGCAGGAGCAGAGUGGACCGCAGUUCUACCCCUGCCCAAGUUCACCGAAAACACGAGACACGACAAGAAGGCCCAGACAGCAAGACAUGGAACAGAGAGGGGCUGUGAAGUUGGACUAAAUGCCAGUGGUGAAAAAUAUAUGGAUUUAUGUUGUCAAAUAUAGUUCAUACAUUUAUUUUCUCA